AUGAAUCUAAAUGCCGCAACACCAAAAGAUGUCUAUCCAAUGCCUGUGGCAGAUAUGUUGGUAGAUGCAGUCGCAGGACACGAGCUACUGUCUUUUAUGGAUGGCACCGCUGGUUAUCACCAGAUUCCUGUUUAUGAACCGGAUAGACAUAAAACAGCGUUCAGAUGCCCAGGGUUCACUGGAGUGUUUGAGUAUAACAAUAUGUCAUUUGGGCUGACCAAUGCAAGGGCUACGUACCAGCGAGCGAUGAACCUGAUUUUCCAUGAUGUGCUGGGGGGUAUUCUUGAAGUUUAUAUAGAUGACGUGGUGGUUAAGUCUAAGAAGAAAGAAGAUCACAUCGAGCAUUUAAGGACAGUGUUCAGCAGGAUGCGAAAGCACAAGCUCAGGAUGAACCCAGCUAAAUGCAUUUUUGGGGUUCGAGCAGGAGACUUCUUGGGUUUCAUAGUGCAUGAAAGAGGUAUUGAAGUCGCGGAGGACAAGUCAAAAGCGGUUCUAGACAUGCCGGCACCUAGGAACAAGAAGGAACUUCAUAGUUUGCUUGGGAAAAUAAACUUCAUUCGACGCUUUAUUUCUAAUUCCGCUGGCAAAACCGCAGUCUUUUCUCCUUUGAUGAAGCUUAAAACGGAUCAAGAGUUUCAGUGGGGACCUGCGCAACAGGAAGCUUUUGAUAAAAUUAAGGAAUAUCUUACUCAUCCACCUGUUCUUAGACCCCCACGACCUGGCAUACCCAUCACUGAUCAUUUGUCAGGAGCGGGUGUUGCAUUGGUUAACCCUUCCGGGGUCAGACAUUGUUACUCUUUUCAACUAGAAUGGAAGUGCACUAACAAUCAAGCAGAAUAUGAGGCAAUCAUCAUUGGCCUGGAGCUUUUGCUUGAUCUGGAAGUAACCGAGGUGGAGGUAUUAGACGUGGUGCUUGAUUAUAUUCCUAGGGAACGAAAUUUCGCUGCCAAUGAGUUAGCACAGUUGGCUACAUGCAUUCGCUUGGCAGAUGGCGUUCGCGAGAGGAUUCUGAAGGUUCAGAGACGCACAUUACCUUCAUUUAUGGCAAGGAAAGAAGUUAACGAUGAUUGGUUGGUUGCUGUCCUCGACACUAUUGAUGUGGAUUGGCGACAACCGAUUAGUCAGUACCUCACUGAUCCUUCUGCACCAGUGGACAAGAGGGUUAGAUAUUUUGCUACUAACUACGUCCUUCGAGGUGGUGAACUAUUGCGUAGGGCAGAAGAGGGCUUGUACCUGCGAUGCAUCUAUGGAGCUGAGGCUAAGAGGUGCUUACGAGAGGUUCAUUGUGACUGCAUCAGCUUUGCGCAAGGUUGCAUCGAAUGUCAAAUGCAUGGACCAGUCCAGCAUGUGCCAGACGUUCCUCUGCAACCAAUAAUUAAACCUUGGCCAGGUCGCGGUUGGGAUUUAGACUUUAUUGGGGGGAUUCAUCCAAAUUCUUCCUUACAGCACAAGCACAUCUUACUGGCCACAAAUUUCUUCACCAAGUAUGGCAUUCCAGAGUGUUUGGUAGCAGACAGGGGGGGGGGGGCAGGUUUCAGGACUGAUAAGACUCAGAAGUUCUUAGCUGUCUAUGGGAUUAAGUUUCUGCAUUCCAGUCCUUAUUAUGCUCAAUCGAAUGGCCAAGCAAAAGCUAGCAACCGCGUGAUUAUGUCUAUCCUUAAACGAAUGUUGGAUACAAAUCCGCGAUCUUGGCAUACCGAGUUGGAUCACAUAUUAUGGGCUUAUCGAACGUCCAAAAGAACUCCAACCGGUACUACACCUUAUGCUUUGAUGUAUGGACAUGAUGCAGUACUUCCUAUUGAGGUUAAUGUUCAGUCGCUGAGGGUUCGCGAGCAGCACCAGUUGAUUGGCGAGGACUAUGUCCAGGCUAUGUAUCAAGAACAUGAAGACUUGGAUUCUCGCCGGAUGGAAGCUCUCGACAGCCUUAUGGCAGAAAAGCAGAAGAUAGCGCGGCUAUAUGACAAACGCACGAGAGGACGCAGCUUUGGAGUUGGGGACUUAGUGUGGAAAGCUUGUUUGCCCUACGGCGAGCGAGUUGAUGGUCAUGGUAAAUGGUCUGCUAAAUGGGAAGGUCCUUUUGUGAUUGAUCGAGUAAUGGACAAGGGCGCUUACUAUCUUCGCGACACUGAUGGGAAUGUUCACAGGAAUCUCAUGAAUGGUUGCCAUCUUAAGAAGUACUUUCCUAGUGUUUGGGAGUAUGAAGAUCCACCGGCAGCGGUGCAAUCCCAGUAA